GAGCGCCUUUGUUGUUGGAAAAUGACAAAAAUAGAGGGAUGGUGUUUAAAAGCUCCUUGUCAGUAGGAACAAAAGAGGAGCUGCGUGAUGGGGAAUCAAGACUUAGAGGAGGUGUUUGUAGCCGUUAUAAGACCAAAGAACACAGCCAGCCUUAACUCCAAAGAAUACCGAGCUAAAGCCUUUGAGAUUUUACUUACUGAAGUUCCCCUGGAGGGUAAAGAGAAAAAGCGUAAGAAAGUCCUGCUUGGCACCAAAAUUCAUGCAGACAGAGACCGUACGAAGUCGAUCUUGGAGUAUGUUGACGAAACCACCAAGCCCAUAUCCAAUAACCAGGGAAUACUAGGGAAGCGUGUUGUGCACAUGAAGAAGUUCCCAUUAGAUGGUGACAGUGAAGGGAAGGGAGCCUCCUUAUUUAUUGUGCCAAUCAAUGUCAAAGAAAACAGCAAGUCUGUUUAUCAACCUGGGAGUCCCAGUUUUUACUGCCUUCAGGACAUUAUGCGUGUGUGUAGUGAAACCAGUGCCCAUUUCUCCUCAAUCACCUCAAAGAUGCUGCUUGCUCUGGACAAGUGGUUAGCAGAACAGCACACUGUGCCUCAUGCCAUUCCCGCGCUGUUCCGGCCGGCUCCGGUGGACCGCGUGAAGACUAACGUUAGUAAUCCGGCCUACGCUGUGGAGAGCAAGCAGACCGACAGUCUGCUGCACAUGGGCUACACGGCUCUGGAGAUCAAAAGCAAGAUGAUGUCUCUCGAGAAAGCUGACAUGUGCAUUGAGAACCCACUCUACGGCUCAGAUCUGCAGUACACUAAUAGAGUGGAUAAAGUCAUCAUUAACCCUUACUUUGGCUUGGGAGCACCAGAUUAUUCCAAAAUCCAGAUCCCGAAGAGAGACAAAUGGCAGCACAGCGUGACCAGCGUAACAGAUGACAAAGAGCGCCAGUGGGUGGAUGGUUUUCCUCUACACCGCAGCGCCUGUGAGGGAGAUACUGAGCUUCUGUCCAAACAGCUGGACAGCGGCUUCUCUGUCAAACAGCUUGACAGUGACCACUGGGCUCCCAUUCACUAUUCAUGCUGGCAUGGAAAGGUGGAGGCCACAAAGCUUCUGUUGGAGAAAGGGAACUGCAACCCUAAUCUUUUGAACGGGCAGCUGAGCUCUCCUUUGCACUUCGCAGCAGGUGGAGGCCAUGCUGAGAUUGUACAGUUGCUCCUGCAGCAUCCCGAAAUAGACAGGCACAUUGAGGACCAGCAGAAACGAUCUCCUCUACAAGUAUGUGAAGAAAACAAGCAGAACAACUGGGAGGAGACGGUGAAACUUCUCCAACAGGCCAAUAAUAAACCAUACGAGAAGGUGAGAAUUUAUCGCAUGGAUGGAUCGUACCGCUCCGUGGAGCUGAAACACGGGAACAACACAACAGCGCAGCAAAUCAUGGAAGGCAUGAGACUGUCUCAGGAGACGCAGCAGUACUUUACCAUUUGGAUCUGCUCUGAGAACCUCAGUCUACAGCUGAAGCCGUACCACAAGCCCCUGCAGCACUUGCGGAUCUGGAGUGAGAUAGUGACUGAUCUCACCGCGCUUGAUCCACAGAGGGAAACUCCACAGCUCUUCCUGCGCAGAGAUGUUCGGCUGCCCUUAGAGAUAGAGAAAGAGGUUGAAGAUCCUCUCUCCAUCCUCAUCCUCUUUGAUGAAGCUCGCCACUGUCUCCUCAAAGGCUUCUUAUCAGCCUCGGACAGCAAGUUAAUCACUCUCGCCAGCCUCCUCCUGCAGAUUAUUUACGGCAACUACGACAGCAAGAAACACAAACAGGGAUUUUUGAAUGAAGAAAACCUGAAAUCCAUAGUUCCAAUCUCAAAAGUCAAAAGCAAAGCUCAUCACUGGACCAACAGAAUACUUCACGAGUACAAGAGUCUGAGCACCAGCGAGGGUGUGAGUAAAGAGAUGCACCAUCUCCAGAGGCUCUUCCUGCAAAACUGCUGGGAUAUUCCCACCUAUGGGGCGGCUUUCUUCACAGGCCAGGUGUUUACCAAAGCCAGCUCAAGUACCCACAAGGUCAUCCGAGUGUAUGUAGGUGUCAACACCAAAGGACUUCAUCUAAUGAACAUGGAGACAAAAGUGCUGCAUCUCAGUCUGGAGUAUGGUGCGUUUAUGUGGCAGCUGGGUCAGGCUGACCAAUAUGUCCAAAUCCACAGUCUAGAGAACAAGAAGAACUUUGUCGUAAACACCAAACAGGCCGGCCUUAUUGUCAAGCUGCUGAUGAAGUUGAGUGGGCAGAUUACACCAAACGACAGAGUAGUGUCAGAUAAAUAUGCUUAUGGUUAAUCUCAUCAAAGAGAAGGACCGUGUCCUUGCCUUUUUGCAGUUGUUUUGAUGAUUUUAUGCUAUUUUAAAACUACACCAUUAAGAGUUGUUUUUACCAAAAAAGAGAUUAAUAAUUAUAAUGUUUACUAUGUUAUUUUCUUACUGUAUAUGAUAUUAAAUGAAUUUUUUAAUGUCAUAAUAAAUUUGUGCUUUUGACAGUAUUUGUAAAUAUGAAUGACCAUUUUAAUAAAAAAAUGU